AUGGCCUUGGAUGAGGCGGUGGAAUUGGAUUUGCGCCUGAUGCAUAAAAGCUUUGCGGAUUGCCCGGCAUCGUUAUGUCCUUUGCUGGGACCAAGAAUGCCACCUCGGGAACCUAGUACGCCUCCUAAAAUUCCACCAAAGGAGUCGAUUUGUAAUUUGCUGCAAUUUGAUGGGCGGAUUCAAGAUGAAAAAUUGAGGCAAUACAAAGAGCAUAAUGAUGGCACAAUGUGUGCAAAGCUGCUUGCUAUUAAUCGUAAACCAGAACGCACUGAUGAGGAAGAAAGAAUGACAACUGUUCUCCAGGCCUGCCUUGGUUAUUCAAAGUACUCGUACAGUUGGCGCUCAUUGAAGGGAACGAAAUUUCACGAAGCGCACGGGAAAAAGUAUCACUUUGGAAGCUUUAAGCAAGGGGACGUCUUGGGAUGCUUACUUCAUCUACCACACGAUAACAUUCAUCCUUCAAGAAGCUCAUCCGAUUACCUCCCGGUCACGCACAAAGAUGUUGAAACUGCCGGAGAACCAAAUAAAGCCGAGACUGGAGUGAUAGAAAGCAGAAAGGAUUCAAAAGAUGACACCGUUCCUGGGGCUGAGCAGCAAGUCCAUUGUGAAAGCAGAAAGGAUUCAACGGGCUCUCGACAUGGGCGUAGUGAUAAACUUCGCAACGAGUAUCGUCACUUAUCAAAAUGGUGUCCAGAGGGAAUGACGUACGAUGCUUUCAAAGCCAAUCAAGGAGCUCAACCGCGACGAAAUCGAUAUCAAGAUGUACCAUGUGGAGAUGCGCGUCGAGUGGUGAUCAAGUUCCCGGGAGCUCCAUGCGAAUACAUCCAUGCUAACUUUGUGAAGACACCACAGGCCGAGAAUCGUUUCAUCUGCACCCAGGGACCUCUCGAAAACACGGUCGUUCUCGCU